AGAUUUGGUGCACUAAAACAAAGUUGCUGCUAUCUCUGUUAUCUCGCGAAUUUUUCCUGCGAAAGUGCUCGUGAUAAAGUUAUGCUGUUUGUUCUGACAAUCUCGUCACUUUAUUCUGAAGCAGUUCAAGGAAAGAUUUUCCGGAAAGAUGGUGAAGAUUUUGCUGUACUGCUUACUUUUUUGUGUUUUAAUUGUUGAUUGUGCAAUUAAUUGGUGUCAAAUGGAGGAGAAGUAUUGCUAUGGAAGGGAACAUAUUGCCUGUGAGCCAAAUAGCUUUCCAGUUGACGAUGAUUCCACUCGUAUUGAGAUUAUUCCAAUGAAGAAAGAGUUGAAGAAGGUUGCUGUUGAUACUCAUAAUCGUCAUCGGAGUAAUGUGGCAGCUGGAAAAGUCCCUGGGAUUCCCACUGCUGCCAAGAUGGAGAAGAUGGUCUGGAAUGACAAUUUGGCCUUUGUGGCUGGUCAGCAUGUUAAGCAUGCCAAUUUUGAGCAUGAUCAGUGCCGAUCCUUUGCCCAGUUUCCAUUUUCUGGGCAAAAUCUUGCCAUUAUCUACUCAUCAAUUCCAAUUAGGAAUUAUACACAAAUCCUACAGGAGCAUAUUGAUCUCUUUUUUGAUGAAGUUUCACUCAUUCGUAAUAUGCCUUCGUGCCUAGAUAAGUUUACAACCUACCGUCCAAUCUGUAUCGAUGCUGGACACUUUACUGUGAUGGUCAAAGACAUCAACAAUGCUUUAGGCUGUGCUAUGGCCAAAUUCCAGUCCAAUUACAACGGAAGAUCCUUGUACACUGUUCUAACAACUUGCAACUAUGGUCACACGAAUCUCAUUUCCCAUCCAAUUUACGACAGAGGAACACCAUGUUCUGCUUGUGCUUCCAUUGGGAAAUCCUGUGAAAAAGCCACGAAAUUGUGUGUCUGAAAGUGCAAUAUCGUGCGCAAGAAAAAUUCAACACUAGGUCAAUGAACACCUGCUGAAGAAGUGAAAAACAUGUCACAGCUGCAAUAAAGUAUAUCAGAGAA